AUGUAUAAAUUUCGUAAUUGUAUGUCAAAAAAAUAUAUCAAGCCGACUCAUAAAAAAGAGUUUGAUCAAAUUGUUCGCGAUGUUCGAGCCAUCGCAUUACCACAUAUAGACAAACGUGCAAGAAAAAUCUAUCUAAGUCAAGUUUCUUGGCUAAAAGAGAACAAACCAUUCACUAAUGUCGAGUACAAAAGAUACCAAUAUAUUAGAAUGCAGCAGCGUAACGGCCGCAAGUCUUGGACUUUAAUAACCGGUCUUGACGAACGUUUCGACCCCAAAAAAAUUUUGCGACAAAUGCAAAAAACAUUUUCUUGUAAUGGAACUGUUGUUGAAGAUAGUGAGCAUGGAUGUGUCAUUCAAUUACAAGGCGAUCAAAGAGAAUUGGUCGUACAGUUUUUGAAAGAGCAGGCUAUCUGCACUGGAGAUGAAAUCAGAAUGCAUGGAACAUAA